AUGUGUGCACGGCCUCUUCCGCAGAGCAGCAACUUGAAUAUCUGGGACGAUACGGCCCUUAUCAAGGCGUACGACAAGGCGGUGGCCUCCUUCAAGAACACCCUGAAGAAUGGGGAGUGCUCUGAGCCCUAAGACAAGCAGGAGGAGUCGAGGACCGGGAGGAAGAACAACAAGAAGAACCGAAGCAGAAAGAGCAACUCCGUGCUAUCGAAACAGUGGAAAGUUGGUGGCAGUUGUAAUGUGGUUUGGUCUGAGGAUGGCAACGGCUACCUGGCCACCAUCGCCUCCAUUAAUCACAAGAGGGGGAUGUGUGUUGUUAUUUACACUGGAUAUGGCAAUAAGGAAGAGCAGAACCUGUCUGACCUACUUCCUGCAGCCAUCGAUGAAGCAGUAUAUGAGGUGGGAAAUUCUCGGGAGAAUGAAAAUGAGACUCAGUAUUCAACAGAUGAAAGUGAAAAAUCUUCCCAGUCACCUCGAAACAAAAACUGCACAAAAGCUAGAUUCUCUCCUUGAAAUUUACAUUUUCCCAUGCCCCAUGCAGCUCCAGGCCUGGGAAAGCCUGGAUCAAAAUUCAAUGCAUCUCUGCCAUUUUUAUCAUGCUGGCCCCCACCCUUCCCAACAAGACCCCCACUGAUUCCUCCUCCACCCCCUAUGGGGCCAGAUUCCCCUGAGGAUGAUGAAGCGUUGGGGAGCAUGUUGAUAGCCUGGUAUAUGCGCGGUUAUCAUACCAGGUAUUACCUGGGUUUAAAGCAGAGUCAAAUGGAAGCUGCCCUAGAGAGAGAAUCCCAUCCUAAAUAACUGACUAUCCAUCAUUGCCUUGAAGGACUGUAAGUAUUGUAAUUUUAUCCUAAACAAAGAUACACUGUCAGUUGAGAAAUU